AGCACACAACACAUGGACAUGGAAAGCAACAGUUCUUCUAUCCAAGACUCUGGCUUUCUCCUCAUCUGCUUCCCUAACUGCCAGAGUUGGCAGCACUGGCUGUCCUUGCCCUUCAGCCUCCUCUUCCUCCUGGCCGUGGGGGCCAACGCCACCCUCCUCCUCACCAUCCGCCUGGAGACCUCUUUGCACCAGCCCAUGUACUACCUGCUCAGCCUCCUCUCCCUGCUGGACAUGGUGCUCUGCCUCACCGUCAUCCCCAAGGUCCUAGACAAUUUCUGGUUUGGCAACCGAUCCAUCAGCUUCUCUGCCUGCUUUCUGCAGAUGUUCCUCAUGAACAGUUUCCUCACCAUGGAAUCCUGCACGUUCAUGGUCAUGGCGUAUGACCGCUAUGUGGCCAUCUGCCACCCUCUUCGCUACCCUUCCAUCAUCACGGAUCAGUUUGUGGUCAGGGCUUCUGUCUUUGUUGUAGCUCGUAAUGGCCUUCUGACUCUGCCCAUCCCCAUCCUCUCCUCCCAGCUGAGGUACUGUGCGAGAAUCAUUACAAACUGCAUCUGCACGAACCUGUCAGUGUCCAGACUCUCCUGCGACGACAUCACCAUCAAUCGCCUCUACCAGUUUGUGGUAGGUUGGACGCUGCUGGGGUCUGACUUCAUCCUUGUUGUGAUCUCUUACUCCCUCAUCUUGAGAGUUGUGCUUAGACUCAAGGCCGAGGGGGUGGUGGCCAAGGCCCUGAGCACCUGUGGCUCCCACUUCAUCCUCAUCCUCUUCUUCAGCACGGUGCUGCUGGUUCUGGUCAUCACUAACCUGGCCAGGGAGAGAAUUCCUCCCGAUGUCCCCAUCCUGCUCAACAUCCUGCACCACCUGGUCCCCCCAGCCCUGAACCCCAUCGUGUAUGGUGUGAGAACCAAGGAGAUCAAGCAGGGAAUCCAGAACUUACUGAGGAGGUGGUAG